UCCCACUCUUUCGUGCUCCACCGUCCUUUAGCAACUCUUCAUUCGCUUCCUACUCUUCUCCGUUUUACCUAAAACCAGACAAAGAUCCUCUGCGAGGUCCUGCCCCAGCGACCAUGUCAAACCAGCAGGUGGGCAUGGUGUUCGACCGUGUCAUCCAGGAGGUUUGCGAUGGCUCUCAGGUGGACUUUGAAGAAAGUGGAGUGGAUCAACAGACGCUUCUAGAUCUGCGCAGAAGCUGGCAGAAGAAGCUAUCUUCGUUGGGCGUCGCUCAUUUCCCUUGGGAUCCCCCACCACCGCAACAAGCCCCUCCCAGCCAAAACCAGCAACAAAUACUCCCUCCCACUGCCACCGUUCCCUCCAACGCUCCUCGUCCUGCUCCGUCUCCUCAUCCACCGCAGCAACAUGUUCCUCCUCCGCAACAACCCAUUCCUCAGUCCAUGCCCACCACGGCUUCCCCCAUGCAAGCUCCGGCCCCGGUAGGUGGCCCGCCUCGCCCCAUGGGCCACCUUCCACCCAUCAAGACGGAGCCUGGGGUCAACAACCAGCCGGGGAUGAUGCCCGUGAACAAUAACGGCAACAUGAUGAUGCCACCCAGUGGCUCAGCCCCCCAGUCUGCCCAACAACGGGCCGCCGACAUGCUCCGUCAGCGCUAUGGAGAUGCAGCUGCCACUUCGGUCAGUCAGCUGCAAGCUCAGUCGCAGGCAGCGAUGAGCAUGCCAGGUCAGCCACGCCCACCAAACAUGCAGCAUUUGCCGAAUGGUCAGGCGCCUCAGAUCAAGCAGGAGCCUGGCUACCCACCUGCCCCCCGUCCUUCCUUGGGGAACGCUCAAACCGAUGGUGCUGGAGAUGCACUCUCGGAGUGGAAGGCAGAGGUCGCUCGACGGCGUGAAGCCGCGCAACGUCAGAACGGAGAGGGCGAUCGUCUCUUGCGAGAGCACCUGAAACAGCGCAUGCUCCAGUUCGAGGGUGGAGGUCUUAUGCUACCUUUGGAAGAGCGACAAACUCCUUCGGCACGUGGCCUUUCGCUCAACUCAACCGAUGGAACAGGAGCGCAACCUUCGGCUGUUCCCAAGGCCCAGUUCGAUGGUCCAGGUGGGGAUGAUGAAAGAGACGAAGAUGACGAAGAUGCCAUCAAUUCUGAUCUCGAUGACCCGGACGAUCUCGUUGCUGACGAGCACGACGGCGACGAGUCCAUGGGUCAAGUCAUGCUUUGCACCUACGACAAGGUACAAAGGGUGAAGAACAAGUGGAAGUGUACGCUAAAGGACGGUAUCCUGACCACUGGAGGCAAAGAAUAUGUCUUCCACAAAGGCCAAGGCGAAUUCGAAUGGUAGGCCCGAUUUACGAAUCGGAUCGCCCAGCUCAAGAACAUGUCCUGCUCAUGCGUCUCCUGUUUCUUUUUCCUAAUUCCCCGGUGCUUUGCCUAUUUCUCCUGCGAUCUUUGAUGUAGAAAACCAGUUAUGACACCAAUAUAUGAUGAAGAAUCAGCCCAUUCCACAC